AUGGAUGUUGCAAGUGAUACAACGAGCGCGGUUGCCGCAUCUUCAGGAGAUGGAGGCGAGACGAAGAGUGACGGAAGCCCCAAGCCGGUAACUACCGAGUCAUUGAAGAGUAGCGGUUCAUCUCAGCUUGAAAAUGGAAAUGAUGCUUCUGAUGAACAGAAUGCAUCUGCAAACUCACUAAGUCCUGAAAAGAUGGAUGUUACCUCUGAAAAGUCUCUUUCUCCACCAGUGCUCACAAAGGAAACUGAUAACAGUGAGCAGAAUGGCGGCAAGAAAGAAAAUCAGGAAAUGGAAAAUAAGGAUAGCAAAGAUACCGAUAUGGAAGUAGAUCCACAGGACGCUGAGCAAAAUGCACAAGAUAAAAUGAACUCUGACAAAAUGUGCCAGCCUCCUUCUCUUGAUAACUUUGACAAGGCCAAGGACUCGAGUCCUUAUAGUAAUGCACCAACCUUAGAUAAGACUGAUGAUAAUGACGACGAUGCAUCGGUUAGCUCUAAGAUUGAUAGCAAAGAGGAAAUGCAAAGUAAUCAUGAAGAAGAAGCAAAAGAACGUGAAAAGGAAGAAAAUGACAAAGAAUUUAAGUCUGAGACUGACCAGAAUAAAGAUGGUGAAAAGAAAGAGGAAGAAUCUGAUAGCAAAGAUAAGACAAAAGUUGAAAUGAAGGACAAUGAAAAUGAUGCCAACAGCAAGAAGAAAGAUGAAGCCAAAGGUGAGGAUGUGAAGGAAGAUGAGAACAAAGAAAGCAAAGAAAAGUCUAGUAAGACAAAAACAUCUAAAGAUGAGACAAAGGACAAAACGGAAAAGUCAGAGAAAGAUGCCAAAGAUUCUAGUGAUAAGUCUAAGGCUCCUGAGAAACCAGAUAUUGGUAGAAUCUCACCACGUAGAACUAGAAGCCAAAAUAGAACAAAACCGGUUACUACGUACCUUGAAGAGGAUUUUGAUGACGAGGAUGAUCUGGAUCUUCAGAUCACUGCUGUUUCUGGAGGUGUAGAUGCACAGUUGACUAGUAAAUCUGUUUCCCGAUCAGGUAAAUCAGAUACAAAGAUUCAAGGAUCAAAGUCCUCUAAGUCAAUCCAAAAAUGUAUUGUGUGUCACAAGGUUGGUAAAUGCAAGUACAACAUUGUUCGGAAUGGAGACAUAAAGCACUUAUGUGAUGAUGAGUGUUUCCGUCAAUUUCGAGUUAAUCCUACUGUGUAUCUUCGUACAACGUCCCCAAGUUCAGCACCAACACCUGUACCAACCUCAACAGUGACAUCCCACUUGGAACCACCACCAGCACCAGCCCACUACAAGACAUGUAGUGUUUGCCAGCUGAUGAAUAUCAACACCAACAAACACUUCCUUAACUGGCAAGGCUUAGAUUUUUGUGGCGAGGAGUGCCUGGGAAAGUUCCAAAGCAGUCUUGGAGGCACCUGUUCAUUUUGCGGAUCACAGGUUCCUCCAUCAGCCAAAGCUAAAUAUUGUCUGAAGCUAGGCACCGAGAUCAAACAGUUCUGCGGAACACAAUGUCAUGCCCAGUUUAAGAAACGCCUCAAAGUGUGUUCCUACUGCCAGAAAGAUCUGACAAAUGUGUCUGAUUCUUUCAUGGCACCUGUUGGCUGGGAACAGGGUGUCUUCAAAGACUUUUGCAGCCAGUUUUGUAUCAUAACCUCUUUCUCUUUUCUCUCCCACUCCACUUCGUGUUUCCACUCUUUUCAGUCCCGGCCUAGACCCUGCUUCUCUCUUUUUUUUGGUUCACCCCCUGUUUACUUUUUUUUUUUUUUUUUUUUUUUGUCCACCCCCUUCUUCCCUCUUUGUUUGGUUCAACACCCAUCUCAUCCUCUUUUUUUUUCGGUCUGCCUCAGCCGUCUCUCCCCCCUCCUCUUUUUUUUUGGUCCGUCUACCCCACACCUCCUCUCUUUUUUUUGGUCCGUCUCCCCACACCUCCUCUCUUUUUUCCGGUCUGUCUCCGCCGUCUCCCCCACACUCCUCUCUUUUUUUUCGGUCCGCCUCUGCCGUCCCCCCCACCCUCUCUGUUUCCGGUCCGUCUCAACCCCCACACCUCCUCUUUGUUUCCUCUCCCCCACCCUCCUUUCUUUCCGUCUCCCCCACACCUCCUUUCUUUCCGUCUCCCCCCCACACCUCCUUUCUUUUUUCCGUUCCGUCUCCCCCCACCUCCUUUCUUUUUCCAUUCCGUCUCCCCCACCUCCUCUCUUUUUCCGUUCCGUCUCCCCACACCUCCUCUCUUUUUCCGUUCCGCCUCCCCCCUCCCACUUCCUCUCUUUUCCGUUCCGCCUCCCCGUCUCCACUUCCUCUCUUUUUCCGUUCGUCUCCACUUCCUCUCUUUUUCCGUUCCGCCUCCACCGUCUCCCCGCUUCUCUUUUUUUUCCGUUCUCCACCGUCUCCACUUCCUCUCUUUUUCCGUUCCGCCUCCACCGUCUCCACUUCCUCUCUUUUUCCGUUCCGCCUCCACCGUCUCCACUUCCUCUCUUUUUCCGUUCCGCCUCCACCGUCUCCACUUCCUCUCUUUUUCCGUUCCGCCUCCACCGUCUCCACUUCCUCUCUUUUCCGUUCGCCUCCCCGUCUCCACUUCCUCUCUUUUUCCGUUCCGCCUCCAUCUCCACUUCCUCUCUUUCCGUUCCGCCUCCACCGUCUCCACUUCCUCUCUCUUUUCCGUUCCGCCUCCACUUCCUUCUUUUUCUCCCACUUCCUCUCUUUUUUCCGUUCCGCCUCCACCGUCUCCACUUCCUCUCUUUUUCCGUUCCGCCUCCACCGUCUCCACUUCCUCUCUUUUUCCGUUCCGCCUCCACCGUCUCCACUUCCUCUCUUUUUCCGUUCCGCCUCCACCGUCUCCACUUCCUCUUUUUAUUUUUAUUUUUAGUCCACCUCCACCAUCUCCCCCUCCUCUUUUUUUUUGUUCCUCUCCCGCCACCGUCUCCCCCCUCCUCUUUUUUUCUUUUUUUGUUCCUCUCCCGCCACCAUCUCCCCCUCUUUCUUUUUUUGGUCCUCCCACCAUCUCCUCUCUAUUCUGUCUCCCCCUUCUAA